UCAUUCUAACUUGAUCCCACAUCUCCUCAUUAAUAUCUCAUUUGGUUCUCUCUUACCUACAAAGAGAGUUUUUCCAAAUCUAGAGGUGCUACAAUGGCCAUGACUAAGUUCUUUGCUUCUUUGAUCUUAGCACUCAUUGCAAUUUCCAUGCUUCAAACAUUGGUCAUGGCUGGUAAUGAUCAAGGAGGUCACCUCUAUGAUAACAAGAGUCAAUAUGGACCUGGAAGUCUCAAGAGCUACCAAUGCCCAUCCCAAUGCUCAAGGAGAUGUGGACAGACACAAUACCACAAACCUUGCAUGUUUUUCUGUCAGAAGUGUUGUAGGAAGUGCUUGUGUGUACCACCAGGCUAUUAUGGUAACAAAGCUGUGUGCCCUUGCUACAACAACUGGAAGACCCAACAAGGAGGACCCAAGUGCCCUUAAAAUAAUUUCAUCAAUCAACUACCUAUAUCACUAUCAUUAUAUUUAAUAAUUUCCCUCCUUUGUUGUGUCCUUUAUAUUAUAUUUUAAUUUAUUGUAUGCUAACUAGAUGGUAACCCCUUUUGGGUCUAUGAAAAAUGUGUUGAUGUACUUUGGGAUACCCUUUUGAGAUUAUGGGUUCCAUGUGCUAGUAUUAAAUAUCAUAUCACUCCUUUUAGGCUUGUUUGCCUUUAUUGAGAGUGGCCUAUUAAUGCAAGUGUUACCAUCUAAUCAUCUAUAUAUGAAAUGUAAUCUUGAUUUGGAAGAUCAAUUAUUAUUACAUGUUUCUAAUUAGGAA